GACGCGUGCGCUCGGUAGCCACCCUCACCAACUCCACCUCACCCCCUCCCCGCGCACCGCCCGACGCGCGCGACCACGAGGCCACUGACGCGUCGGCCCGGCGGUAAAUAAAAACGGAGCCGUGAGAUGUUAACCGGACCGGACGGACCUGCUCCACCGACCCGGCGCCGUGCCCAUAAACUCGAUCGAGAGCGACCACCAACGCUAGCAGCUGAAACACCCCAUACGCCCGCGCGCCGCGCCGCGACGCUCCCUAGGCUCCGAGCUCGGUUCGGCCGUUCGGGAGACCUCGCGUUGCUCGCACACACGGCGCCACGCAUGCAGGAGCACGGGCGCCGGCCCGUGACGCCGUUCGCCGGCGUGGACCUCCGCCGGCCCAAGGGCUACCCCGCGCCGGCGGCGGUGGCGGCGGCGAAGGAGGCGGCCCCGGCUCGGGCGCCGGUCGUCGGCGACCCGUGCCCGCGGUGCGGGGCGCGGGACACCAAGUUCUGCUACUACAAUAACUACAACACGUCGCAGCCGCGCCACUUCUGCAAGUCGUGCCGCCGCUACUGGACCAAGGGCGGGUCCCUCCGCAACGUCCCCGUCGGGGGCGGCACCCGCAAGAGCAGCAGCUCCUCCACGUCCUCGCCCUCGGCGACGACGUCUGCCUCGCCCGGCGGCGCCGCACCCAAGAAUACGAAGCGGUCCAAGAACUCCAAGCGCCGCCGCGUCGCCCCGGCGCCGGACCCCGCCGCACCCGGCACGGACGCGCCCACCGUCACCGCCACCGCCACCGCCGACGUCGCGAACACCGCACCGUCGACGGAAGCUGCAGCAGCGACGGUCGCCGCCUCGGAGAAGCCGGUAACCAUGACGGAGGAGGAGCCCGCAGCAGCUGUUGUUGUCGCCACGGAGACGAAGCCACCGGCCGCGCCCGGGCUCGGGCUAGCAGAUGCUGGCAGUGGCGGCGGCGGCAAGGAGCUGCUGCCGGACCCGAGCCACUUCGAGUGGCCGUCGGGCUGCGACCUGGGGUCGUACUGGGGCACCAGCGUGUUCGCCGACACCGACCCGGCGCUGUUCCUCAACCUGCCAUGAGCCGCCCGUGACAACGCCACCAUGGUUAACUAAUCCACCAUCACGACCCACGAGAUGAGAUGAACAGAGCACGCAGAGCGCGCGUCUGGCUCUUGAAGCUAGGUACUGGAGUUUCCUGAGCUUACUGUAGCGAUCUCUACUCGUCUAGUCUGUCUGACAGUCUUUUACACUAGUGUUUUGCUGGUUUAAAAUCGCCCCGCUUUGUACUCCGUCCAAUCUAGUAAAGGCUAACAUGGGAUAGCCGGGCUCUGCAUGAAUCUGUGCUUGUUUC